AUGUUCUAUUGGAAUUUUGAAUCACGACUAAGACAAACUGCUAUGGUUGUUGGUCAGCUCAUGAAAGAUAAGUUCACGGGAAUAGGACGUAUUUAUAAACCUUGUCAUAUCGUUGAGGAUAUGAGGAGAGAUUAUGGCGUGAACAUAAGUUACGAUAAAGUGUGGCAUGCAAGGGAAACCGCGUAUGAUCUCACUAGAGGUAUUCCAGAAUACUCAUACUCCAUACUACAUGCAUAUGGAGAAGCGCUAAAAAUAGAGAAUUCGGGUACAGUCUUUGAGAUCAAACUUGAACAUGAAGUGCAUUUUAAGUAUAUGUUUAUGGUAUUAGGGCCUUGUAUUAGAGGUUUCACAAGUUGUCGGCCUUGUAUUAUUGUUGAUGGGUCGCACCUUAAAGAAAAAUACAAAGGCACCAUUAUCGGAGAACCCGAUAAUCUGGUGUUUGUGUCUUAUCGAAUGGUAUCUAUCGACAAUGUUAUUCGUGCAUUUUUUCCCACGACAUUUCAUGGAUUGUGCACAUGGCAUCUAGAACAAAAUCUGGUUACAAACUUUAAGGAUAGCACGGUUGUUGGGAUAUUUAGAUAUGCAGUAAGGGCAUUUUGCAUGACAGAGUUCCAGACAAAAUUGGAUGAACUCUGUAGUUUUAGAGACGGUGUUGUCACGAAAUAUUUGGAAGACAUGGGUCUUCAAAGGAAUGCUCCAAUUGUGGUUCUACGAAUGGAGGAAUUAUUGGGCAUCUCAACGACAUUGCACUCUGACUACUGUGAAACCCGAUUGGCAAGUGAGGCCGAUAAGGGCAGAUUAUAUCGAGUGGAGCCUAUUGAUUGUUAUCGGGUACACACGCGAGAUAAUCGAUUGGACGGUAUUAUCAAUCUUCACACGAAGGAAUGCAUGUGUAAGGAAUUCGACUCACUUGGUAUCCUGUGUUCGCAUGCAAUUAUUGCUGUUAAGGAACGAAAUAUACCCAUUCACAGUCUUUGCAGUCAAUUUUAUACAGUGGACUCUCUAAUGACUGCGUAUGCAGAGCCUAUAAAUCCACUUGGCCACAUAUCUGAAUGA